AUGAGCAAGUGUGAGAGCUGUUCAUUGGACAAAGCCGAAUAUAAGCAACUCGUUCGGGACUCUAAAAUAUCAACAGAGAACGCAAUAAAAGACUACAAGCAGAUCCAGGAACUAAAGAAAAAACUUAAAGAAGAAAUGGCAGCAAAAGGACCUGUAGGUAGCAUAGAGCCAUAUUUUGAAGAUGCGACGGAAUGGAACGUCUGGAUCGAAAGGCUUGAGUUGUAUUUUGCAGCUAACAGAGUUGACGACAGUUUGAAAGUACUGACCUUUUUGACCUUGUUGGGAGAACAGGGCUACGUGCGUUUAAGGAACCUGUGUGUGCCGGAUAAGCCGAGCACUAAAACGUUCAAGGAACUCACGGAGUUGAUGAAAAAACAUACUCAGCCGGAGCCUAGUGAAAUACCAGAGCGGUUCAAAUUUUACCGAUGUUUUCAAGGCGAGGGUGAAUCCGUGAGUGAGUUUUGUGCUAACCUAAAAAAGGUGGCCACGCACUGCAAGUUUGGAGAUAACUUGAAUUACCAUCUUCGAGACCAAUUUUUAAGCGGAAUCCGGUGCGAGUCAAUCAAGAAGAUGCUACUUGAGGAAGACUCUCUUACUUUUGAGGUUGCGGUCAAGAAGGCGCUGGCAAACAAGAUGGCGGCGCGCGACACAGCUGAAUUAGCAGAGGGAGUAAAUAGCAUCCAUUUUGUCAAGGGACGUAAGCAACAGGCGAAAAAGAAAGCCGUGGAUUCCAGGAAGAAGCCGUGUAUACAUCGCGGAUAUACUAACCAUAUAGCAGAACAAAGGAAAGAUAAUGGCCAUGCGGACUGUCUAUCUAGACUUCCAUUGGGUGCGGAAAGUGAUGGGAUCAAUACCGACGACUAUUCGUACUUGAAGUAUGUAAGCGAAUCUGUAGAUUUUAUAUCACCUAGUAAAUUAGUGCUAGAGACCGCAAAUUGCGGGGUACUGACUCAAGUACGUAAACAUGUCAAGUACGGAUGGCCGGAAGUCAUAGAGAAAGAUUUAAAGCCAUAUAAGCGUAGAGCAUCCGAAUUAGCGCUAGAAAAUGGGUGUAUCCUAUGGGGACACCGAUUAAUUGUACCAAAAUCUCUACAACCUAUUUUUCUAAAAGAGCUACAUAGCGGUCAUAUGGGCGUCGUUAAAAUGAAGGCGCUUGCAUGUUCGUAUAUUUGGUGGCCCAGAAUAGACGAGGAGAUUGAAAAAAUAACAAAACAAUGUGAGUUAUGUUCGACGCAUGGUCCAUACCCUCCUAGAUCAGAAUUACAUGUAUGGGACUGGCCGGAUGCUCCAAAUAAACGUUUACACGCGGAUUUCCUUGGGCCCAUUGGAGGUCGAAUGGAUUUUAUAAUCACGGACGCACACUCAAAAUGGGUGGAUGUACAAGAAAUGCGCGAUAUAUCGGCUAAAUCUACAAUCGAUGCGUUUAAAUUAUAUUUCGCUACAUGGGGCCUUCCCAUUAAAAUUGUAACAGAUAAUGGACCUGCGUUUAUCUCUCAGGAGUUUCGUAAAUUUACGCGAAAUAAUAAUAUAGAUCACCACCUGGUACCCCCGUAUCACCCCGCUAGUAAUGGUGCUGCGGAAAAUGCUGUAAAAACGUUCAAAAACAAGUUCAAAAUACUUUUGUUGGAAAAAUUGAAUCGCAAAGAUGCACUUGCAAAAUAUUUAUUUCAGUACAGAUCUACGCCACACGUUACUACCGGGGUCACACCUGCAGAAUUGCAGAUGGGGCGAAAAUUUUUCACGCGAUUUGACCUACUAAAAUUAAACACGGCAGCCGUAGUCAAUAAAAGCCAAGAGGCGCAAAAAAAGAAACCAUCAUGGCAAUAG